GAAACCACCUUCACUCCUUUAGAUCACAACAUUUCUGUUCUAUUAUCAAAAUGGCUUCAACUGCUGGAACAGUUAUUAAAUCUGGAGUUAAACAAGUGAGACCACUGCUAUCUGUCGACAAUGCCGAAGCUCGCAAACGGGUCCUUAAUUUGUAUAAGGCCUGGUAUCGUCAAGUCCCAUACAUAGUUUUGGAGUACGAUAUUCCGAAGAAUGAAGCCCAAUGUCGCGCUAAGCUGAGGGAAGAAUUUGAGAAACACCGACAUGCUAAGGAUGUAAGAGUUAUUGAUAUGUUGGUUGUAAAGGGCCAAAUGGAACUCGUUGAAACUGUGAAGCGGUGGAAGCAAAAAGGACAUGUUAUGAACUACUUCAGGACACCCAUCAAUCCAAAACCCAAUGAUUUCUUGUCUAAAUUUAUUGCUGGCAGUGCCUGAGGAUGGACCUGUCUGAGAUACCAGAACAUCUGUAUAGCCAUCUGUAAGGUGGAGUUAGUGUAUAGAUAAUAAUAAAAGAACAGCAAUGUUGAA